GGGACUAGAAUCAACACGCCAAUGACUGUAUGUACUCAACUACAACUUAAUUACCAUUUAUACACAUCUUGAUUGAUACAAUAUGGCUUCCACGAUUAUACAGACUUCAAAAGUUCUUGUUCUUGAUCUUGGGGAACAUGCCACGAAACGCGUGUUGACAGAGGACGACAAACUGGUGGAAAUAUCCGCACCUUUCGCAUUUAAGCUCGUCCACAGCGCUGAAAAGGUUAAGGAUCCUGUGACGAGAAAAGUCACUAUGUGCACCGAAGCUGUGGAUUACGUAUGGUUUUAUGAAUGCUUAAAAGAACGAAAGGUUCAAGAGAGAGGGAAGAAGGCUUCUGUGAUUAGAUCUAAAGAUCCAGAUAACAUUAGUUACUACGCCGACAUGACUCAUCGCCCCAUCUGUGUACGACUCAACGAAAUCAAGAUCAAAAAAACUCUAGGGGUACUGUACAGUACUGACUAUAAGGUAUCGGCAAUAUUGAAAAUUUUUGAAAUUUGCUCAAAUAUUUGCAUCAAUAGAAAGGGUUACAAAGGCUACGAUGAUUGGAUAAAAAGGUUUGCAGAACAGGGGCUCAGAGACAAUAUUUUUAGGCUUGCUCACGAGAUUAGAGGCUUGGAACUGGAUUUCAAGCUUCCAUCUUCAACUGAUAUGAUAGUAGACCCUGCUGAAGGAUGGCUCUAUGAUUCCAAGGGAAAGGAUCAUAUGUUAUGUUGUCUGAAGAGUGGCGAACCUGUGUUAAAUAAGGAUGACGAGUUCGUUUGGGCAUAUGAUCUCAAGAAGAGAAAGCCAAAGCCAACAAUAAAGGCUUCUGCACCUGUAAAUGAGCCUGAAAGUGCACCAAAAGCGCCCCCAAAAAAGCCGAGGAGUAGAGAUCUCGAUAAUAAACAGUCCGAAAGGAGGCGCCAUGAGAUCGAACCUCCCAGCCAAGAUAGCUCUAGAGAAAAACUUCCUAGUCAGCGUAGUUUCGUGGAAGGAAUUCCCAGCCAGGGAGAUUCCAAGAUCAGACCUCCCAAGCAGGGUGGUUCCAGGGACAAAAUUCCUAGCCAGAGGAGCUCUGAUGUUACACCUGGCAAGCGGAAUGACCCUAGCGACAAAAAUUCCGCCAAGACUGACCCCAAGGUCGUAUCUCAGAAGCGAAACGAUAUUAGCAAGUCUUUAGAAAAGAAACCUUCGACUAAGAGAACGACUAGUGAAUCUAGAUCCACCACCAAAAAACCUGUUGCAGGGAGGUUGCAAGCGUCUUCAUAAUAUCAAAAGCUCUUCUGGUAUCUUCAGAUUCAGUAUUUGUCUGACUGGGAUAGGUGUUUGACAUAGCAAACACAAACAUAGAAAUCAAUCA